AUGGGCCUCAACAUCGCUGAUAUGCUUACCCCAAUGAACUCUCCAUUCUACGGGAUCAUCCCAAGCAAUGCAGCUAUACCGCUUGGACAAGUAGUCUUACCAGUUACCUCUGGGACUAAGGAGCACUACCGGACAGAGUACAUCCAAUUUGAGGUGGUGGAUUUUGAGACCUCUUAUCACGCCAUCCUCAGUAGACCAGCAUUGGCCAAGUUCAUGGCCAUUCCGCACUAUGUGUACCUGGUAUUAAAACUGCUAGGACCCAAGGGAGUUCUUUCUCUCCAUGGAGACCUCAGAAGAUCAUGUGAGUGCGAUACAGAAGCUGUUGAAUUGGCUGCGACUACUCAAGUACCCAGCUCAAUGCAACAAGUCUUCACCGCUUCAAAGAAACUCUCCCUGACAGAACUUGAAGUCCCGGAGAUCAAGUCGGGGGCUACGAAGGUCAAGCCGGCAAGUGACAUGGACUUCAAAGCCAUCGACCUUGAAACCGGUGACUCCUCCAAGACAGCCCUGAUUGCUACAGGGCUGGAUGCCAAAUAG